UUUAUGUCGAAAUAGCAAUGGACACUAUUGACUACGGACACUUAAAAACUAUAAUUAUUUGGUAUGCAAGCUAAAGUAACAACAAAUUAUGGUGAUGUGUUUCAAGGUCUAAUUUAUUAUUGUGAUGAAUCGAUAAUUAUAUUAAGUAUAAAAUGUGAUUGCUAUUUAUUUUUAGAAAAUGAAGAUGACUUUUUUUUAAUAAAUCAGUAAUCAAUUUAAGAUUUGUAAACCAUCGAUAUUUAAGAUCCUAAAGUAUACGUACCACUAAGCCUAGUAAACGUUAUAAAAUUUAUUGGCUGUUGAUUUGGCAGCUAUGGCUUAAGAGAUGAUAAAAAAGGAAAUGAAAGAACCACAUUAACAAUUAUUUGAUCAUUUAUAAAAAUUAUAUAGGGAUGUUGAUUGGAAAGAAUAGGAAAUCAUAAUUCCAUCUAUUUCAAUCAGAAUUUCACCGCCUUAUAAAUCAGGUAAUAUUAUCAGUAUAUUUUUAUUCUAGAUAAUAUUUCAGGGGAAAAUAAAUUAGGAGUUGAAAGAUUAAGGAAAAUUGUAAAGUAUAUAGUAACGAAUUUUUUAUGUAGGUUGAUAAAUAUGCCAAAAAUUUUUGAAUAUAGUUAAACAUUUUAUAUAUAAAUAUAAUAUUUUAUACAUUGCACAUUUUGUAAUAAUUAUUAUUAUGAAUAAUCGAGAAGAGGAGAAGCAGACCCAAUAAAAAGAGGAUACGUACAUAUGUAAUUUAACUAAGAGCAAAUAAUAAUGAUGAGGAAUUAAGAAAAGAAUAUUUAUAGGAUUUGUAAAAACGAGUAAAAGAAUCAAGAAAACAACCAGAUUGUUUUGAAUGUUGUUUUGCAUAUUGGUUAUUUGUUUUUUUAGGAUUUGUUUUUAGAUAACUAUUCUAAAAGAAAAUAGAUGAAACACCUGAAGGUUGUGAUUUCAUUGGAUCUGUAAUUUCGAUUCUGUUAAUUUUGUUUUCAAUAUCUGCUUUUUGUCGGUGCAUUGAUGGUUGCUGCAUUAUAAUACCUUGCAAGAAUAAUUGUUGUUUUCAUUUAUCAUUGUAAUUUCACGAUCUCAACAACCUUAUCAAUUAUUCGACAUGUAAAUGGAGUUUGAUUAUUUUGACGAUUAUUUGGUUACUAAAUUACAGCUGCAUAGUUUUUUGGCCAAUGUUUAUUUUCCUAUUGAUAACAUGGAUAUUGAUAUUAGUAUGGAAGUAAAUGGAAAAUGAAUGAUAGAUUAAUUGAAUAAUAAUUUUAAAACCAAAAAGAA